AGAAACAAGACUCAAAACACAGCUAUUCAUUUUGCAUGCAUGAAUGGAUAUACAGAGCUUGUGAAAACACUCAUACCGCAUCUUGGUGAUAGAUGGAACACAAAAGGUGAACACUCGCGAACAACACUCAUGAUGGCAGCUUACCAUGGUAACAGUCCACUGUACCACUAUCUCACCAAUAACAGAAAGGCUGAUCUGACUGGUGUUGAUGAUUAUGGUAACACUGUGCUACAUUUGGCAUGUGAGGGUGGUUACCUAGCAAUUGUUAGCCAUAUCAUUUCCAGUAAACUGUUCGAUAUUAACCGUGUUGGACAGUAUGGAAAGCCUCCGUUGAUGAUAGCUGCUUUCAAGGGUCACAGAGAUGUGUUUCAAUUGCUUCUCUCACAGAAUUGCCACCUAUCCACAGAACAUUUCAGUAUGGCGGAGACACUACUCUCCGGGCAUAUAAACAAUUCCAAACAUUUGACAGAAUUUCUGCAGGCUCGAGAGCAUGGCGGCAAAUUUAGGGCAAAACCCUGUAGAAAUGAUGCAUCACCACUUCGGACAUGUCUAGAAAACAAAGGAUCGAGUAUGUUACUUGUGGAUGAGAUUGGACUGACCCUGCUUCAUACUGCGGCCGAGACUGGCAAUUUGGACCUUGCAGUCUUCCUUCUGUCAAAGGGAAAGGUUGACAUCAACACCAGAGAUGCUAAGGGAAGAACACCGGUUAUGUUGGCAGCAGCCAAAGGGCACUAUCCAAUGUUUGACUUUCUUGUAGACAAAAACUGUGACUUGUCACUAAAGGAUCAUCAAUCAAGUGGAAUCCUUCACUUUGCAAGCAAAGGUGGAAACGUGGAGAUCAUACAGUUAUUGGCAAAGCACAAUGUGAAUGGGGAAAGUACUUGCAGAAAAACGCCACUAUCAUAUUCUGCUAAGAAGGGGCAUAAAGAAAUAUUUGAGAUACUUUUAGACAGAGGAGCAGAUAUAUCAGUUAUUGACAUUGCUAAAAACACUCUGUUACAUCUUGCCUCUGAGGGUGGAAACCUGCUUAUUGUGGAAGAUAUUUUAGCAUUUCCUGGCCUUGACAUCAAUGCUGUGAACAGUGGAAGGAGAACACCGCUGUUGGUGGCAGCAUAUAACGAACACACAGAUAUAUGUGGACGCCUGCUGUCUGCUGGUGCUGAUGUAAACAUCCGGGACUGUGACGGAAAUGACGUCAUACUCAUCGCUGCUAUGACAGGUAAUCGUCAGCUUGCCGUUCAGCAACUGUCCCUGAAGAAAACACGCAGUUGUCACGGCGAUAAACGUGGGAAAACAGCUCUAAUGUGGGCAGCAGAGAAAGGUGACCCGGAGAUGUUUGAUCUUUUGCUCACAAGGUCCAAUAUGUCUGACAUGGACGAAGACCAUAACAAUGUCCUUCAUUAUGCCUGUAUUGGAGGCAAUGCAGAUAUUGUAAGAAACAUCAUCCAGGGCAAUAAAAUAAACAUUACUUGCAGAAGUCAUAAGUUGGAAACCCCAGUGACAUUAGCAGCAAAGAAGGGACACGAGAGAACAUUUGAGUUCCUUGUUCAAAACGGGAUUGACUUGACAGAACUGUCCGUCACUCACCGUAACAUACUUCAUCACGCUUCUUCUGGUGGCAGUGUACCUAUUGUGGAGUAUCUUCUCUCAGACCAAAAAACAGACAUUAACAGUAGAAAUGAACUUCACAUGACUCCAGUGAUGUGUGCUGUUGAAAUGGGACAUAAGACGUUGUUUGACUAUCUUGUGAGUAAAAAUUGUGAUUUGACACAAAGUGACGUUUGGGGCAACAACAUUCUUCACAUCGCAUGCCGUGGUGGAUAUGUUACAAUUGUGGAUGACAUAAUUCAUCUGGGUCUGUCUGACAUUGAUUGUAGAGGACAAAAUAGGAAGACCCCAGUUCUGUGGGCAGCUGAGAUGGGACAUAAAAGUGUGUUCGACCUCCUUGUACACACUGGAUGUGAUCUUACCAUCUCAGAUGAGGAUCGUGACACUAUCCUCCAUAAGGCCUGUUAUGGGGGUAAUGUGGACAUCAUUGAGUACGUUGUUUCUUGCAACAUUGUCAACAUGAACAGAAGAAAUAAUUUUGAAAAGACCCCUGUGAUGUGUGCGGUAGAGAAAGGACAAAAACGAGUAUUCGACCGUCUUGUCAGGAAAGGAUGUGACCUGAACUUAAAAUAUAUUAACGGUGAUAACAUCCUUCACAGGGCAUGUUUUGGAGGUGAUUUAGACAUCAUAGAGUACAUUCUUUCACAUCAAAUUGUGGACGUCAACAGCAGAGAUCAUUUGGGGAGGACAGCGGUGAUGUGGGCAGCCCAGAAUGGACACAGACACAUCUUUGACCUGCUUGUGUACAAAGGUUCCGACGUAUCUGCCCUGCCCAAAUAUGGUCAUGGUGACACUCUGCUUCACAAUGCUUGUAGUGGAGGUAAUGCAGAGAUUGUCGAGUACGUCGUAUCGUGUAAUGUGGUAGACAUUAACAGCUGUGGUUGGUUUGGGAGGACACCACUUGACAUAGCUAAACACCUAAACCACGAGGCAGUCGUUGACGUGUUGGUGCGUUGUGGCGCUUCUUCCAAGCAUUAAUAGGAUGACAGUGGGAUGUGUCAAUGCGUCCUUUACUGUAAAGAUCUUGAGGAAUUAGUAAAGUUGUAACCUCCAGGCUAACCACGAGGUUCGCCCGAUGUUA